CUGUGUUGCUUUGUCUGUGAGAGGAAAUAUUUCAUCUCCUGCAGCAACAAUGAGUUCAGUUCAGGCUUUGAGAGAGUUUAUCAAGCAGCGACUAACUGCUGCUGCUGGAGAAAUAUUCACCGCGUUUCAACAAACUAUCGUCCAGUUCGAGGAGGAGAUUUAUCGACAGAGAGAACUUCUGGAAAUCAACUGGAAAUCUCAAAUCAACUUCCACAGAACAGAGAGUCCACAGCAACACAAUGGUAACCAGCAGACGAGCUCCAACCACUCUGUGAGAGACUUGACCACCCAGAGACUAACUGCUGCUGCUGAGGAAAUAUUCACCCUGUUUCAACCAACUGUGGUUCAGUACGAGGAGGAGAUUGGUCGUCAACGCAGGAUGCUGGAAAUCAGCUGGAAUCCUCAAAUCAAGUUACACAGAGCAGAGCUCCAACAGGACCAUGACUGCAGAGAGGAGCAGCUCUUUAAACAGGAAACAAACUACUAUCUAGAACAGGAUGAACCAGAACCUCCACAGAUCAAAGAAGAAGAAGAAGAACCAGGACUUGGUCAGUUUAAGGAGGAGCAGGAGGAACCAGAAUCUUCACGGAUUGAGGAACACGAGGAACUCAGUACCAGCCAGAAGGGAGAACGAUUUGUUCUGAAGUUUGAAAGUGAAACCUUUCAGGUUCCUUCUGUUGAGGAUCAAAGUGACCUGAGUGAAGCAGAAGUACCAGAGACUGAGCAGUUCCUCUCUCAGGACUCUGAAGUCCACCAUGUGAAAAGACACAUUGACUCAGAAUCAACAGGAAAUGCAAAGCUGAAAAAACUCAACAUGUUUGAUAGAAACAGUGUGAACAACUUUCAUGUUUCAGAGAAGCAGGAUGAAUGUGAAAAGCUUCUUUGUAAAGAAAUGUGUGUGAAAACUGACCAUAAAAAACAUCAGUUAUGUCAGAAGGUCAGAAUGGUCACUGAUGAGAAGAUACUUUGUGAAACAUGUGGCAAAAGUUUCAGGCACCUGAGUUGUUUGUUGGUCCACAAGAGAACUCACACAAGUGCAAAGCCUUAUUCUUGUGAAACUUGUGGCAAAAUUUACAGGAAGCCGAGUCGUUUGUUGGUUCACAUGAGAACUCACACUGGUGAGAAGCCUCAUUCUUGUGAAACAUGUGGCAAAAGUUUCACUAUACACAGUUCUUUGUUGCGCCACAAGAGAGCUCACACAGGUGAGAAGCCAUAUUCUUGUGAAGUGUGUGGCAAACGUUUCAUUCAACAGAGUAAUUUGUUGUUCCACAAGAGAACUCACACAGGGGAGAAGCCUCAUUCUUGUGAAAUACGUGGCAAAAGUUUCAGUUAACGGUGUGAUUUGAAGGACUGUGAUGGAGUCACUCUGAAGGUGGCCGCGGUGCAGCGCUGGCACUCAUUAAACCUCUCAUUAACAGUCACCUGUGUCUUUUUUCCGUUCGUCUGCUCCGUUCCCCGCAUAUUUGGACGUUAUUUUUCACCACAGUAGUCGUGGGUGCACACUCGACCACUGCCAAAUCAUCCUCCUGCCAUUAUCUUUUCACCCUACAAACUUUUCACCAGUAUUCACGUCCCAUUCGCAUCCUCCCACUGGCAAA